AUGAAGUCUAAUCUAUUACAAAAAUCAACUGUCCAGAUGCUCAAUUGUAGUUUUGAUUAAAGGAAGUAGACCUAGUCUUCUGAUCUGAACAACGAAUAGAGUAGAGAAUUAUUUAAGACUGAGAUAUACAGAGCCUUAGAAAAAUACAAUAACAACAAGUAGGAAUAGAGUAAAGAGUAUAAAUGA